CAGCCCAUAGAGGACACACCUACCCCGCUAAUCAUCCACGUCUCCGGAGCGCUCAGCCACAGUUACGGAGAGACCGACACAGGAGGAGGACGCGUUCUGUCAGAGAGCUGACCUGCUUUAGUGCGCAGCGAAACAGGAGUAAAGAAAAAAAAGCAGCAGAAAGAAAGAAGAGAAACCGACAGCGCGGACAAAGUUUUGCGCCGCGAUUCUCUUUCUUUCCAGCGAGCGUCACCGCAGCUCGAGUGUCACGUCGAGGAGCCUCUCAGAUGGACAGACUCUUGGAGAGCUCCGCGGGCAUGGGAAUAUUUUUGUAAUGUGGAUUUGUAUCCCCUUGCAGGAGAAUCGAGGUCCGCCGCGGAACGAUGUGAGAGCGUCUCGGAUUCUCGUGUUUCUGGAUAUCUUGAAGAUUAUUGGCAACAGUUGAGAGAAAUCCAAGUUUGAGGAUUUUACGCUGCAGCCUUCCUUCCUUUCGGGACCAGCAUGGAUUUGCCUUUACAACCUCCGGCCCCUGAUUCUGAGCAGUUGUAGCCACUUGUGUUGUGUUUUUAUUUUUUUCUUUCGUGUGUUUUGUGGGGUGUUUGUUUGUUUUUUCUUGUGAAACUUCAUGUUUGAGAGCAAACCGCCACAUUUGGCCUCCUGUCUUCUGAAGCGUUCGGAUUGGAUUUCCAACACCAUGAACUUUAUUGACAGUUUGACACUAUUAUUUUUGACGCUGUCAGCUGUCAAGAGCGCCCACAUACCCAAGGAGACGGAGAGAGGUCCACAUGACGUGAUCCCUCUGAUGGAGGUCUACAACAAGAGCUUGUGUCAGCCCCGGGAGCUGCUGGUGGAGAUCCUGCAGGAGUAUCCGGAGGAGGUGGAGCACAUCUUCAUCCCGUCCUGCGUGGUUUUAACGCGCUGCGCCGGCUGCUGCAACGACGAGAUGCUGCAGUGUAUGCCCACAUCCAGCUACAACAUCACCAUGGAGAUUAAAAGAAUAAAACCCCAAAGGCAACAGAAUGACAUUUUCAUGAGUUUUACGGAACACAGCGCAUGUGAGUGUAGGUUAAAGAAAGAAGUGAAAGAACAGAAAGAAAAAAAAUCCCAGAAAGGCAAGGGCAAAGGCCUAAAGAGAAAGCGAAAGAAAAACCGCGACAAAACAAUUCCCGACGCUGUUUGCGAGCCGUGUUGCGAUCACUGCACGGAGAGGAGAAAGCGUUUGUUUGUGCAGGACCCAGCGACCUGCCGGUGCUCCUGCAAACACACCGACGAAUACUGUAAAGAGCGCCAGCUAGAGCUCAACGAGAGGACCUGCAAAUGUGACAAGCCAAGAAGAUGAGAGAGGUGCUCGCACCAGAUGUACAAGAUGAAGGAAUAUUCUCGAGAUAUUUCACAGCACAGCACUUUGAACCGCGAGCUCUUCUUCUUUUCUGUGGAAAGCAUUCCCCUCGGACUGACUGAGAGAGAACAAAGAGAAAAAAGAACCAGACUGAAGUUUCCUCCCACUGUAUAUCUGUGUGUACAUAGACCACGACAAAAGAGAAAAAAAUAAGAGUUGUUAUUGCUGCUACAGAAACGAGUAACUAAAACCCACCAUUCGACUAAAAGCAAAAUAGCCGCCAUGUUGGCUUUUCUUUUUUUUUUUUUUUUUUUGCAUUUCUAACUGGCUUGCCAUGCAGGUGUAGUCUUAUUGUCGAUUCAUUGUAUGCAAUUACUUCACUGGAUCUGAGUCUACUGUGGUUGUGUGUCGAUAUUUAAACUGAUAAAACCGGACUGAAGAGGACGCUCUCUGCUUCACCCACUUCCUCUUGGAGUAAAACUAAAAAACUGAAAAGUCGGGAUGGCCGACGGAAACUUCCAUCCGAGGACGAGGACUCUGAGGUGACUCCGGAGUGCCAUAUCGCUUUUUUUCUUCUUUCUAAAGGGAUUAUUAUUAUUACAGCGGUGGGAAAAAAGUUUUCGGACACACUUAAAAUUUUAUCGUGGAAAAAUCUUUAUUUUUGUGUUUGAAAAGGUGCAUUAGACAGACACAAACCGAUGUUUUUUUUGUUCAUUAUUUACAAGAAAAACUAACAAAAGUAAAUUCUUGACAGUUUCAAUAUGUCAGUUCUCAACACUGUUGGUAUCAAAGUCAAGGAAUAACAGAGAAUGUGUUCAAAACUGAACAAAAAAUAAGUACAGGGGGUCCUCGACUUAUGUUGGAGUUCCAUUCCUACGGAUUGACAUAAGUCGAUUUUCGCCGUAAGUCGGGACUCCGGCUAAAAUGUAAACAAAGCCAUUAUGUGCAUCACCAUAUCAGUUCUUCGAAAAAGUCACGUACGGAACGUUUUAUGAUAUCUAAUUUCACUUGCAUGGAGAUGGCUUUCCUUUUCUUUGAAGCACUGCCGUCAGAAGAGUCUGACUUAUGCUUGGGAGCCAUGAUGAAGGGCAAAAAGUUAGCGAAUGUAGCACAAUCCAAGGUGGCGUACAACCGGCGGAUGUAAACAAACCCGUCUUUCACGACGUAUUCGUCCGCUCCGCUCGCCAACUAGUUCCACAAACCAGUUCCCACGUAACGACGAAACGCCAUAAGUCGAGGACGUUGUAAACCGAAGACCCCUUGUAAACCAUCUCAUCAUCAAAUUAAUAUUUACAGGGGGUCCUUGACUUACAACGGAGUUUCGUUCCUACUGCCCGACGUAAGCACAUUUUCGCCAUAAGUCGGAACUCCGGCCAUCACAAUAUCGAUCAUUUUUUUGGCAAAAUCAUGAAUACCAACGACUUUCAUGCAUGUAUGAAUCAUUUUACAAGAAAAUAACACAAUAUGAAUACAACAACAACGGGGUAAUACUCGGGAGCCAUAAUGACGGGCAAAAAGUUAGUGUUAGUGAAUGUAGCACAAUCCAAGGUGGCGUACAACCAGAGAAUGUAAACAAAAACAUCUCAUAGCACAGCAUGACAACAUAUUCGUCCACUUGUCUCGCCAAUUAGUUCCACAUAACGACAAAAUGCUGUAGAUCAAGGGCAUCGUAAACCAAGGACCCCCUGUAAACCAUAACAUCGUUGAAUUAACUUUUAGUAGUCCUGCCAUCAGCAGCAGUAGAGCUCUAAUCCUCGCUGCCAUGUUCUCCACCAGCCUUUCACACUGUUGAGGCAUAAUCUUGUCCCAUUCUUCUUGAAUUACUGCUUUCAAUUCUUCUAAAUUCUUUGGUUUAUGCUUUGAAACAGACCUUUUGAUAAUCCACCAGAGAUUUUCAAUCGUGUCGUGGGAUUGAACUGGACACUCUAAGACCUGGAUACUGAGCUGGUCCUGGAUGUGUUCAAGGAGCAUUAUCUGGUAGAAACAUCCAGUUUGUCCUUGGCAGAGUUCAAUGAGAUGACCAACACCAGCAGCACUCAUGCAGCCCCAAUCCAUGAUACUGCCUCCACCAUGCUUGACAGUAGUUACUGGCCUUCUGCAUACCCUCACAGUCGGAAAUAACUCAGAAAUGGUCCAAAAAUACCUUGAAGCCUGUCCAGAUUUACCUAAAAAUUACAUGAAAAGCCUAAAAGGACUCAAAAAUGACUCCAAAUUGGCCCACAAUAACUUGAAACAGUCUGAAAUAAGUCAAAAUGGUUCCAGAUAACUUUAAACUGGUCCAGAUUUACUCAAAAACUGUCCAGAACUACAAAAAAAGUCUAAAAGGAUUAAAAAACUGUCAAAAAUGACUCCCGAUUUUGGCCAAAAUGAUUCAGAACGACUUGAAUCUAGUGCAGAUUUAGGAAAAUGAUCCAAAAUACCUUUAAAUCUGUCCAGAUUUACUCAAAAACUGUCCAGAACAACAACAACAAAAAGUCUAAAAGGAUUCAAAAACUGUUAAAAAUGAUUCUACCCUUCCUGGCUGAGAAUCUGUAUCUUCAGGCUUGUUUCCUGUGUUAGGUUUCUUGUUUUAGAACAUUUUCGUCUCUGAAGAACUUUCAAAUGUGCUGGCUUUAUAAAGACACGAAGCAACAAAAACCGCGUCUUUUACUAGAAAGCACAAUCUUCAUAAAUGGGUAACUGGUACCAAAAUGACCCAAUACUCCAAAUUUGCAAUGAGUUUUAAGUUUCUAAUGGCUUUUUUUUAGGAUUUGUUUGGUAUUUUGGCGAAAAGAAAUUGCACUUGGAGACCUAAGACUGAUUCUUAAAUGGUGUCCAAAGACUUUUUCACACCGCUGUACUAUCUGCUACACGGAAACCACUGAAAAAUAUCCUGUAUACUGUAGUUCUUGAUUCCAUUUUGAAAAAAAACUGUGCCUCAACGAGAAAUGUACUGAGAGCAGUGCUUUUUAAAUUAUUACUUUCAGGAGAGGGUUGGCUGUAGUUUUGCUAGCUGUUGUUGAACUCAAUACAGAAUCCACUGAUUAUAUCUUCUUGUACAUACUUAAUAAUAUCCCUUUUACACCAUCCUAGGUAAUUUAUAAUUGUUCUAGAGUAUUUUUCAGUAUUCUACCCAUAUUUAAUUUGGUCUAUUUAUGUAUGCAGUGUUAUGUACCUGUGCCUGUCCUUUCUCCUCAUGUUUAAGGUCACUGAUGGCUACUUUCAGCGCAGAAAGAAAAAGAAAAACAACAAAAAAAAGGAUCUAAAACUGAUUUGUUAACAUUCCCUGAUGGCGUCUCCCUCUCGUCUAAAGGUUGUGGGUGCUGUGUGGACUUUCGGUGAGUGUUUGUUGUUUGUAUGAAUGUGUGCGUUUCACCUGCAUUGUUGUAUUUAAGUAUUUAAGUGAGUAGCGGACCCUGUGUUGUCGUCCGUUUGUACAAAAGAUUGCAAAAAAAUAAACUACAAAACGUCACCGCCGCCACAGCAGCAGCAGCAGCAGCAGCAGCAGCAGCGCCGCCAUUUAAAUCUGGAUCCUCUCCGCCAUCAGUCUUAGAGCCAUUAUUAUUAUAUUAUUAUUAUUAUUAUUAUUAUUAUUAUUAUUAUUAUUAUUAGUUCUAUUUGUCUCUUCUUCUCUAUUAACAUGUUUCUGUGUCUAUGUAAAAAACAGUAAAGCAUAUUUAUUUUCAAAUCAUAUUGUUUUUAUAUAAAACAAGGAAAAGGUU